AUGACUCCGUGCAGAAUCAAAGGUCCCUCCAGUACCUUCAGUAUCGACGCGAUCCUCAAUCAGGCCACCAAACUGCCCAACCUGGACAGGAUUUGCCCGACCGGGAGAUGCCUUCCAGAUGGAGAUGGCAGCAUUGGCCAUGACGCGACACCAUCCGAUCUCUCUCGUCCAGGACCUCUGCGAGCUGGUUUCGACGACGGCCUAAUGCCAAAAGCCAUGUCUUUUGAUUAUGCCUCACGGCCUCUCAGCAAGAAAACCACCAAUUGUACCAUAUCAAUGUCCCACUUUUACUCUUUCUCUUCAAACGCCUCUUCGUCAGCCUCCUCCUCGUCGUCUCUAUCGCCCUUAGCUCGGCCAAUGAGUGAAGCUUCUCUCAAUUUGGCCUCCCCACGCGCCCUCCAGCAAGCAGAAACAUUCUGUCCUACGGAGAUUGGAGUUAUGGAUAACUUGGCAUCUCAGCCGUCGGAUGGAUGCUCAGAAAAUCUGUUUUUAGGUGAGCCCAGUACCCAGCUACUUGCGAGGUCUCAAAGAUCCGGAUUCUAG